CUGGCCUCACUACUUCACAUUCCCUUUCUCUUUCUUUCCAAGCACAACAAUGUUUAGGAUCCUUUUAGCAGCCUUUCUUCUCACUUCUCUAACUCACAUGUUGUGUGCCGAGGCAUGUCCUCGGUGUGGCAACGUGGAAGUCCCUUACCCUCUUAGCACCGGAGAUGGAUGUGGAGACCCUAGGUACAGAGUUUACUGCAACAACGGUGUCCUAGAGUUCAUGUCGGCUGAAGGGUUUUACUAUAGGAUCCUGAGAAUCAACCCAUUUGCUUCUAGGCUCGUAUUAAGCCCACCUUCGAUACAAAGCAACUCGUGUUACUCUUCUGAUCUCAAGUUAGGAGGCAUUAGGCUCGACGACGAGUCCCCCUUUAACAUUUCGACUCGUAACACGGUCAUGUUGUUCAACUGCUCCGACAACAUCCUUUUGUCGCCCUUGAAUUGUUCCUCCAGUAGCUUUUGUCGUAAGUUUGAAGCUUUGGGGGUGGGGAGUGGAUGCAAAGGCACCCUUUGUUGCCAUUACUUAAAAGAUUCGUCCAUGAAUUCUCACAAGAUUAGGAUACGAGUUGGAGGGUGCACUGCUUACACGUCGAUCAUCGAUGUGAGGCCCGACGAUCCUGCCGAGACAUGGAAUUAUGGCAUUGAGCUACAAUGGGCGCCUCCGCACUUAUGACCUUUUGUUGACGCUCGGUUCGAACCAAAUUCAUGCCCUAUCUCGGGUAUCUUGUUCUCUCCUUAAUGUGUUGGAGAUUGUACGUGUCCACCUUACUAGUGUGUUCAUCUUGUUAUGGUUUUCCUAUGUUAUAGUUAUGCAUGGAUUUCAAAGUUGGAAUGUAUAAUAACAGUGAGAGUGUUGUAUCAAAGGAUUUUUUUUUUCUUGGAAUAAAAGGUUUGUUUUAAGGACUGACUAUUUCUUCAGUCUGUACAACUUGAUUUCCUAUUGCCAUAAAGUUUUUGUGGUUGAAUUAAGAAACAUAAAAGUUUGCUAGCAUAUUUCGUUUAAAAAUUGGUCGUUUUAUGAACUCAUGAACAAAAGAAAAGCCAAUGGUUGACCACUUCCACUUCUCAGUCCUCAUUAGUCAUUACUCAACAAUAUAAUAACGAUGCCUCGCUAUACAUUUGACAUUCCUUUGAAUGGGAAUGAUAGAUGGAGACACCAUCAAUUCAUUGGAUAAGAAUUUGGCCUUUUUAUGAAUGAUCGAUGAAGAUACAAAACCAGAGGCAAAUCAUUGGAGAAGACUUUCUUAAGCAGCUGGAAUUCAUUGGACUAGGUUUUCUAAACCAACCCACUAGAAGGUGUACGCUGCUUAUUCAUUGGAUAAGGCUGUCUCAAGCAGGCUGCAAUUGAUUGGAGAUUUCUUGAGCAACCCACUUGCAAAUUGGUGACACUAAUAGUUUAAUGGUAAACUCGUUAACGAAAAUCAUACAAUAUGAUUCAGCUGGGUUUUUUUUUUACAAAAUGGAAUCUUGUUUUGCACUCGUUUACAGAGGAAUACAAUGAAAUAUACUGGAGCCGGAACAAGAGUAAAGCAUCCCAGUGCUAACAGUUGAAACCAAACCAUGCUUAAGAGAUACAACAAAGGAAAGCAAAACACAAAUUGAGAACAUCCUCCCCAAGGAGCCGAACAAUGGAACUAGACACAGUAUUACCCAGAAUCAUUCUCAAAUUCCAACCAAAUGGAGUUGCAACAAGAUCAGGAUCAACUCAUCCGAUCACAACGAUGUUUUUGGCGAUUGAGCAUAGCAAUGCCAUGUGCCACUUCCCGUGGAUUGUUCAUAGAAAUCCAACACACUGAAUCACAAAAUCGGGAUUACAUGGAGGUGGACGAUGUUGUGAAACAGAUUGCUCCAAGCUUAAUAGGAAGAGGGAGUCGAGGUAAAGAGAUCGGGUCAAAGGAGAGUAGAACAUCAUAUGGGUGCCACAUUAGUGCAAGGAAAUACCAAGUUAUCGCUGCCUGCAACCAAGUGAAGAAGAACCUACCCUCCACGAUCUGACGACUGACCAAGCAAUUACAAACAACAAGGGGAGGUCGGAGGGAGAUAGUAAACGGCUUCACCAAAGACGAUGAACCAACCUACCUGGGAAGCCAGCCAAGCCACAGAUCGCACAAGGCUCCCAACCUGCUAACUCCCACCCAAGUUGAGCAAGCCCAUAACAAAAAAAAAAAAAAAAAAAACCUAGAUCCAAACGAAGAGCAACAAGCCAACAACUCAACUAGAGAUGAAAUGGAAAAGACACUCCAUCUAGAGUAGAAGACACAAACUGGAAAAAUGUGAGAAAAAUGUCUAGAACAAAGACAAUAGGAGCAU